AUGGAGGAAGAAGACUGCACUAUCUUUAUUGAAGAACUCAAAAGUGAUGAUCCAAACCUGAAAAUCAAUGCAGUCACAAAAAUUGUAUCAAUUGCACAAAUCCUGGGUCCAGUCAGAACAUGCUCUGAACUCAUUCCAUACUUAAUAGACAUUAUUGAAGAAUAGGAUAAUGAGGAUGAAUUUCUAAUUAAAUUGGCCCAAGAACUUGUUAAUCUGAAACCUCACACAGGGACUAAUCCUCACCUCUUAAAUGUCCCUUUAGAAAUUCUGAGCUCGAUGGAAGAGCCAUUAGUGAGGGAAAAAGCUGUAGAAUCAUUGUUAUUGUUAGCAGAGGAUAUGCCAGACAGUAAGAAUUCAAUAAAAUAAUAAAAGGCUUUUUUGAAAAUCAUUUCUUUUAGAUUGUCUAACAAUUGGGAUAAUGGGACAACUUCCCAUCACGUAUUUCUGCAGCCAGUCUAUUUCCUUUAACUUAUAAACAUGUCUCAUUUGAAAAGAAAAACAUACUUUGGGAAUUAUAUAAACAAUUAUGCGGAGAUGACACGCCGAUGGUGAGGAGAGUAUGUGCUGGCGUGUUGUCUGAUCUAGCCAAAAUUAAAUGCUAACCCUAAUAAUUACUUACAAUUUGGGAGACUUUACUUAAAGAUCCUGUUGACAGUGUUAAAAUUAAGGCCAUUGAAGGUUCACAAUAGAUGCUCAAACUUAUUGAUGACAAUAAUGAAUUAGAUACUCAUCUUCAAGCAUAUUUUUCAUUAGCAGAUCCUAGAGAGAAGAGUUGGCGAGUCAGAUACACAGUACCAGAAUGCUUAGAAAGUAUAAUCGAAGUAGUUGUCAAAUUGAGUAAUCAUUUCAUCUCGAUAAUUUAGAUAAGGACAAGAGUAUACUCAAAACUAAAGCUGUCCCUGUCUUUCAGUAAUUACUCAAGGAUCCAGAGCCUGAAGUCAGAUCUAUUACUGUGAUGACUAUUUAUAAUCUAUUGAAGGAGGUACCAAUUACAUUGAAAGACUAAUUCUUACCCUUCUUCUAAGCACUCUCCACUGACACCUCCUAACAUGUACGAAUGUCGUUGGCUGAAUAAAUUUGCAAAAUAUCAAAAUAGUAUCCAGUCUAAGUUGUCAUACAAACUUUCAUUCCUCUAAUAUCUACUCUAAUUAAAGAUGAUGUUGCAGAAAUCAAAAUCAAAUUGGCUCAUAAUCUAGAUCAAUUAUCUCAAACCAUAGGACCUGAUAACUCUAAAAAACACUUGGUUCCUCUUAUUUCUUGCUUUGCUACUGAAAAACAAUGGAGAUUCAGACUAGAGAUGAUGUCCAUAAUACCCAAACUUUUAAAGGUUGCAGGAUAUGAUAGUUUUCUAGAAUUGUAGGAGAUUUAUCUUGACAAGGGAGUUCUUAAUCAUUAUUAAGCUAUUAGAGACCAAGCAAUUGAUAAUUUAGUGCCCAUCUGUGAAAAUUUUGGUUACGACAAAAUUCGAGACUUUAUCCUAAGAUGCAUUUCAAAAUAAUUCGAAUAACCCAAUUAUAUAUUUAGAGUUUCUGCUAUGCAUAGCAUUACUAAAUUAAGAGAUGUACUCUCUAUUGAUGAUCUACUUAAUUUAUUUAAGGUAGUUUGAACCAGUUAUCAUUUUCUAGGACAUCACUUCCAAAUCAAUCAAUGACAGAGUACCUAAUGUUAGAUUGAAUGCUUUUAAAUUAUUUACUGCCAUCCAAGAUAAAUUAGAUUACAGAACAUAAAAUGAAUUCAAAAAUAAGACAAGAUUCUUAUAACAAGAUGAUGAUAAAGAUGUACAAUUUUAUGCAUCAACAAUUUGA